ACGUCAUUGCUUUUCUAUUCUCCCAGAAAAUCAGCCACCAUGGCUUCAAAAAUAGUAGUCCUCGGGAGCAUCGACGGCCAAUUUCCUAAUGUCUUCAACAAGCUCAAAAACAUCCAAUCCAAGAAUUCCUUCUCACUGGCCAUCAUCUGCGGCAAUCUGUUCGCCGACCCGCAGCAAGCAACUUCUUCCAACGAUGAUAACGUCACAUCUCUACUCAAUGGCGAAAUUGAAGUACCUCUUCCCACCUACUUUGCGCUGGGAUCCCAUGCACUACCUACUCGAAUAAUCGAGAAGCUCGAGUCCAACGCCGGCGAAGUCUGCCAUAACCUCUUCUUCCUUGGCAAGCGCACCACAAUCAAGACGUCAGAGGGAGUGCGCAUUGUAGCAUUGGGCGGCACACUCGAUCCCCGGGUCACCGCAGGGAUUUCCAAAGACAAAUACAUGCCAUUUUACACAUUAGACGAUGCGAAGACUCUACGCGGCGCAAAUACCGCCGAUAUCCUCAUCACAAACGACUGGCCAGCAGCCGUGCGCACGGGAUCCAAGGUCUCGUUUCCCGAUCAUGUACAGCCCACGAGCCAGCAAUGCGUCGCCGAGCUCUGCGCUACCCUCAGACCACGCUACCAUUUCUCCACCACCAGCGACGUCUUUUACGAACGCGAGCCCUUUUUCCACGUCGCGACAGAAGCAGAGCCCGAAAUAAGACCCAUCACCCGAUUUUUCAGUCUCGCAGCAUUCAACAACCCCAACAAGCAAAAAUGGCUCUACGCCUUCUCCCUCGACCCCAAAGCCGCACCACCAGCAGUUCUUCCAGCCGGUAUCACGGCAUCGCCUCUUUCCGGUCCCUCGAAGAAACGCGCUCUCCCAUCCCAAGGCGAAUCAUACUCGCGUUUUUCCACCGACGGGCGUGGCAGCCAUCACGGCCACCACCGAAACAAACGCCAGCGCCAACCGCCUCCCACCCAAGCCGAAUGCUUCUUCUGCCUCUCCAAUCCCAACAUUGCCACGCAUCUCAUCACCUCCAUUGCCAACGAAACUUACCUCACCACUGCCAAAGGCCCGCUCACUAAACGGAACACCUUCCCUCAACUGAAUUUCCCCAGCCACAUGCUCAUCAUCCCCUUUGAGCAUGCACCUACACUCGCAUCGAUCGCUGACCCAGCAACACGAGAAUCAACAUACAAUGAAAUGCAGCGUUACCGGAGCGCACUCCACGCCAUGGUCUCCUCCAAGUCCCAGGGCGCGCUAGGCGGCGUAACAUGGGAAGUCAGUCGCGGCGGAGGUGUUCACACGCACUGGCAAUUCCUACCCAUGCCUGCAGAUUUGAUUGAUCGUGGCCUCGUUGACGUUGCAUUUCGCGUCGAAGCAGAGAAUGAGAAAUACCCUAAAUUCGAAACCCGUGAUAUUGGCGCAGGGACAGAAGAAACUGGUGACUUUCUUCGAGUUUUGCUAUGGAGUCCCACGACUCCUGCGACUCAAGAGGGCCG